AUGCUAUUUAUCUAUCUAGCAUUAACAUAUGCUAUGGAAGAGAUGGGAUAUAUAUUUUCUGAGGGAAAACAGCGAUUCCUGACACGGAAUGGAGUGAACAUAGUUGUAGGAAGAUCAAAAGACAAGCCGCUCAAGUUUCGAAUGGUGGAAAUGGAUGGCAAGAAUUCCCACAACAUGCUUCUUUUUCCUGUUCCAAAGAUGGGUGGCAAUAAGGUUGCAGAUCUUGCACUGAAUGGCAGCAGGAAAUGGCAUUUCUAUCCAAAGCAUGGAAAUUGGAAUCAAAGAACGAAGUUUAUUCUGUUACCUGGAAACGCUUUGAAAAUCGUUGUUGGGUCGGAAUGUAUUGGAGUUAGAGAAGACAACCAAGUGGUUGGAGAAACCUGUAGAAAUAACGGAGAAGAUCUUUUUCAAAUCUUUAGCUGGAUUCCUAUAAGCCAAAAGAAAAAAGUAAAAGCAUGGUUCCAUAGGAACAGAUAUGAGCAAGAAGAAGAAAAUCAGAACUUUCCCGAAGACGACAGAGACUCGGGCUCGGAAGAUAAGAACUAUGGACCAGAUAACUCGCCCUACGAUAGUGAAACAAGUUCUUCUGAUUAUUGGAGAGGGGAAAGGCAAUUCUAUGAUUUCGACUAUGAUGGGGGAUUAGGAGGAGGAUAUGGUUCGUUUGGGCUUGGAAUGGGAUCCCUUGGAGGAAGAAGAAGAAGAUAUAGGCGUGACGAAGACCAUCUUAAAUUCACCGAGGACGGAGAAGAAGACACAUACAAGAGCGAUGGAGGCAAAGACUAUCGCGAAGAAAGGAUGUUUCGGAGAAAGAGGAUGGGAAACUAUUCCGGACAUAGAAAAGGAAGACAUCAUAAAGGAAGUAAAGAAUUGGAUGGAGGUUUUCUGCAGGGAAGAGAUAUGAUGUUUGGAGAUCUUAGCAGCUCUGAGAUGAUGGACUACUUCGGAAACCUUCAGGAAUAUGACAGGAAAAAUAGGGCACUUAGGGGAAAUCCUCCUAAUGGGUGUGGGAAUUUGGACGGGAUAGUAUUUGCAGAAGGUUCCAACAAUUGCAAUACAGGAGGGCCUGGGGAGAACGAAAUAUGUAGGAUAAACAAAACAACGACGGCCUUCCGUAAGAUGGUUGGCAUUCCUAUUUAA